AUGUCUGAAAGACAAGAUAAUAAGAAAUUCACUCGUCCUGGUGGCAUAAAUACUAUCCAAGUCGAUGCUGCUAGACAGGUGCAUAUGAGGACUAUGCAGGCUAGAAUUCCUGGAGGAGGAUCUACCACUCAAUCAUCGACAUCCCGUUAUAAAGUACCACAAACUACAAUGAGCAAUAGUGGACCUCGUACUCCCACAGCAAGCAGAAUGAUACCACCUGCAAGACAUAUAUGUAACAAUCCUAAUAACCCACCUUGUGCUAACUGUGGAGGUGUAAUUAUUCCGUCGCCAAAGGCGUUUUUACCAUUGGAGGAUCGUCCAUCGAUGUCUAUCAAUAAUUGGACCAUUUCAUCAAAGAAGAGACCUAUUCUGAAUGCUGAAGAACUACAUAAUUGGGAAACAAAAGAGCUAAGAGGGUUAGGUGCAUUACCUGAGAUGAUAUUUGGUAACAAUUUUAUUCGAGUUAUGAAUACAGAACAUAAAUGGGGAAUUGAAUACAAUACUCUGGAUGCUUUGAAGAUGGUAGCAUUAUCAGAUUCAGGGAUUCGUGUAGCUCAUUCAAAGGCAUGGUUAGACUCUAAAUUACAACAGCAGCAGAAUAACGCUGAAGAUUCAUCGGGUAUCGAUAUGGAGAAUUCAUUGAAGAUUGUCAAAAAUUAUGACUGGACGUAUAGCACGGAGUAUGAAGGUACUGUCGUUGGAGAUAAUAAAGAUAAGUACAGUUUCAAAGUAGAUAAUAACUUGACAUUACCCGUCGACAAAUUGUCAAAGCAAGAUAAAAUUCUUUAUUUUGAUGAGAUGGUUCUCUUUGAAGAUGAGUUAGCUGACUGUGGUGUUUCAAUGCUUAAUGUGAAGAUCAGAGUCAUGAAUGAAAGAUUGCUACUGUUAAGUAGAUUUUUCUUAAGGGUAGACGAUGUAUUAUUAAGAGUGUAUGACUCAAGGAUAUAUGUAGAGUUUGAUGACAACAUAGUCAUGAGAGAGAUUAAGAAGUAUGAAGGAAACUACAAUGAUAUUCUAGCUAAACAUCACAUUUCACAUUCGCAUGAUCCAAAGGCUGCGUUAAGAGACAGCAAUUGGGUAGCUGAGCAUACACCGAUUAUCGAUAGAAGAUGUGAAGUAAUGACAUUUAAUGAUUAA